AUGCCGAAAGCGAAAGCGAAAGCGAAGAAGGGAGUGACAACGAAGUUAGUUGAGCCGCCUCGGCCCUCAUCGCCCCUACCGGCACCGGAGUCACAUGUGUUGACUGAACAAGAGGAGCCGAGCUCCGAGGUCGACCUGCCUUCAGGAGCCUCGGUAUCAGGAAAUGAGCUACCCCCAGAAGCCGAUGAACCUGCCGCUAAAAAGAAGAAAAGGACGAUGAACGUGGCAAAGAACCCGCGAAAAGGGGUUGUCAACUUCACCGACGACCAAGAGAAGGAGCUUGGGGAGUGGCUCUUGACUAACCCCAUGUUUUAUGACAAGGGAUGCAAAACAUUCCGUGACUCAAGAAAAAAACAAUCUGCAAUUCAUGAUAAAUGCACAGAGAUGGGGAUCGACCCAGGGGCCUACAAAUCCUGGUACCACACAAUGAGAAGCGGGUUCGGCCGACUCACGAUGAAAGUUGGAUCCAGGGAAUCAACCACUCGAGAAAAGUGGAUCCUUGCCACUUUCUCCUUUUUGAAGUCCCACAUUGUCAGGCAUGAGUCCCGUCAGCUUGGUGUAGCAGUCAUCCUUUAUGUUAAAUAA